AUGAUUUUUGGGGGAAAUAACAUCUACGGUGUAACCUUCUCGGCAGCAAAAAAGACAAAAAUAUCGGUGGCACAUAGCAAGAGACUCCGGGAUGUCGCCGAGGAUGACAUCACCUUCACAGAAGAGGACGCUGAUGGACUUCUACUGCCACACAAUGAUGCCCUAGUAAUCUCUCAUAACGUUCUGGAUUUUAAAAGUAAACUUGUUUUGGUCGACCCAGGGAGUUCAGCCAACAUCAUUCAAUGGAGAGUGCUGGAGCAAGCCAAGCUAACUGGAAGUAUCAUUCCGGCAACAAAGCUCCUCGUCGGGUUCAACUUAGAAAGUGUGACAAUCCGAGGGGAGAUAUUGCUGCCCACGAACGCCGAAGGGGUCAUGAAGACUACCUUGUUUGAAAUAGUAGAUGGAGAUAUGGGCUAUCACAUAAAUCUUGGCAGACCAUGGCUACACGAGAUGAAGGUCGUGCCAUCAAUAUAUCGCCAACUUCUAAAAUUCCCAACUCCAGAGGGAAUCAAAAAAAUAAGAGGAGAUCAACCAGCGGCAAGAGAGAUGAAUGCGAUAUCGGUUUCCAGCAGUAAAGGGAAGGAACAUGCGGCAUAG